AUGACAAAAGAAGAAUACUACAACGGUAGUAGACAUUGUAUUCUUAUAGCAUCCGGAGACCCUGUUCCUAGGAGAAUGUUAGUCUCUGUGCCACAGGUUGAUAAAGGAAGAAUUUUUGGGACACAGUUGCAUACUUUAAAUGUUGAUUUUUGUGAGGUGGCAGAAAUGUUUGGCCCGCUAGCAGUAUCCCUUUCAAUAAUAUCUGCAGUGCAACAUCCAAUUUUUGGAGUGAUAUUCAAUAUGGGAAAUAACGGUUCUCCAAUGGUAACCACUCCAAACUCUAACAUUAGAAUUGGCGAGUUGAAUGUUCUAUUGGCAAGAAAUUUUAAGGAGGCACAUGAUGCCCUUCGUGGGAAAAGAAGAGUGGAUCCAGCCACAAAAGAGAGUGUAAAAUCAAUGAGGAUGACAAAUGAAGAAGUUGCUAACAUGGUUUAUUCAAGGGGUGCUUUACCAGCUGAUGACUCCAUGUUCCUUCAGUCAAGAGGAAACAUAGUUAAUAGUGAACCAUCCUUAUUACCACCAAUUCUUCCAUAUGGUUGUACUAGUACCAGCAGCAGCAGGCGUCCACAUCUUCCAUUCCUGGCAGCAGGCUUUGAUCCAUAUGGUAGACCUGUGUUUGGACCAACCACUGGGGUUCCACCUCCACCAAAAACACCUCAAUUUAAUCCCCAUGAUUUUUGGCCUCCUCCACCAUCUUCUACAUAUUCUCAAAACCUAGUGCAUGCAUGGGAGGGAACUUUGUUUGGAAAAAUGCACAGGAAUCGCACAAACACUCAGAGAGGAAAGGCCCUCAGAAGAGCAACCUCACCCCCUACGUAA